AACCCACUUCACCCGUUGUCUUAUAGAUUAGAAGCAAUGCCGACAAUUUUGAGCAAAACAGCACCCUUUACCGUUCCGCCGAAACCUAGCAAUGCCCUUCUCUCUGCAUUUCUCUCCGACUCCGCUCAUCACCGCUCCUUCUCCUCUAUCCAAACCUUUCUUCCUCGUGCCGUACUACCACACACUCCACGCGCCCAAAUCCCCACUCUGCUCCUCCAUGGAACACGCGCUCACUCAUCAAGGCAAACAAGAAGCCUUUGAUCGGAGACCUGAAGACAGCCAAACGCUUCCAUUAGGACUACGGAGAGACGCAAUGCCCAGCCACGUGGCGGUGAUCAUGGAUGGGAACCGUAGGUGGGCCCGGUUGAGAGACUUGCCCGUCAGGUCAGGUUACGAAGCCGGCGUAGAGUCCUUGAGGAAGAUUGUGGAGAUCUGUUGCAAAUGGGGGAUAAAAGUACUCAGUGUUUUUGCUUUCUCUAGUGAUAAUUGGUUUCGUCCCAAAGUGGAAGUGGAAUUUUUGAUGAGUUUGUUUGAAAGGGGAAUGCAAGAGGAUACAGGGAUCUUUUUUAGGGAAAACAUUAGAAUAUCUGUUAUUGGAGAUCUAACUAAGCUCCCUAAGGCCCUUCAGGAACUGAUGGUCAACUUAGAGGAAGCCACCAAGAAUAAUACACGUUUUCAACUAAUCGUAGCGGUCAGUUACAGCGGACACUAUGAUGUUGUUCAAGCUUGCCAAAGGCUUGCUCUGAAGGCAAAGUGUGGUCUUAUCGAACCCAGUGACAUCAAUGUCUCUCUAAUGGAACAGGAACUAGAAACAAAUUGCACUGAAUUCCCCCAUCCCGACCUGCUUAUAAGGACAAGUGGAGAGUUUAGAAUUAGCAAUUUCAUGUUAUGGCAGCUGGCAUAUACUGAAUUGUUCUUUGCACAGUCACUAUGGCCGGAUUUCGGAGAAGCCGAGUUUUUGAAGGCAUUGCUUGCCUUUCAGCAAAGGCAGAGACGUUACGGUGUAUGAAGUUAUUUGUGUACGACUGUUGACACUUAGUUAUUGAUGGUGACAUACGAAGGGGGUUAACAAGAAGCUGUAUUUGGCCAUUGGAGUAUUAGAAUCAACUUGCACAGAGCAUAUAUUUUGCAGUGCAAUCAGGUAAGAAACUAAAUGUAAUGUCCUUGGAACUGGAAGUUGAUCGUAAACAAGGUUCAACACUCGAAAGACCCCCCACUGUAAUUUGUAACUGUCAUUAAGUUCUCCUUACCAUGACUUCCCUCUAUAUUCUCUAGGGUGAUAGAUUAAUAACCACGUAAAUUACGUGUAGUGAAGUAAGAUUUGCUCCACUCUGUACUCCUAAUGCUUCUCUGGAGGCCUUCAGUAAUAAACAGAUACGGUUAUUUA